GACAAGGCAGCCCCGUCGCGACGACGAUGCGUACUCUCUCUCCUUCCUCCGUCACUUCUCGCUGCGCCACCCUAAGCUCCGCCGCUAAUUCUUCCUCAGAUGAUGUGAAUUGUGGUACGCCGGCAUGGAUCGGCAAGGGGCUUACUUGUGUUUGCUUCAAGGCAAAGGGAAGUAACGAAAAGGUCUGCUUGAACUUGACACCGUUGCAGGAAGAAAGGAUGAGAAGGUUGCAGCGCCGGAUGAAGAUAUACUUUGAUUCUGCUAGGACAGAUCACCAGGAAGCGUUGAGGGCUCUAUGGUAUGCGACAUAUCCCGGUCAGGAGCUUCAUGGCUUGGUAUCUGAUCAAUGGAAAGAGAUGGGAUGGCAAGGAAGAGAUCCAUCUACUGAUUUCAGGGGUGCUGGAUUUAUUUCUUUGGAGAACCUCUUGUUCUUUGCAAAGACAUUUUCGACAUCUUUCCAGUGCCUAUUGAACAAGCAAGGAGGAAAGCCAGCUGCUUGGGAAUAUCCAUUUGCUGUUGCCGGUGUAAAUAUUACAUUUAUGAUCAUGCAAAUGCUUGACCUUGAAGCCACCAAACCAAGAUCCUUUAUCAGAUCAGUUUUCUUACAGAUGUUGUUAGAAAGCGAAUGGGCUUUUGACUUGCUCUAUUGUGUCGCCUUCAUGGUUAUGGAUAAACAAUGGCUUGAGAGAAAUGCUACAUACAUGGAAUUCAAUGAUGUUUUGAAAUCGACUCGAGCUCAGUUGGAGAGGGAAUUACUAAUGGACGAUGUCCUGCGGAUUGAAGACAUGCCUUCUUACAGCCUUCUUACAUAAUAGUAAUUGGUAAUACACAACCUAGAAGAACCACAUACUCAUUUCGUCCCUAUAAGCAUCCCUGACUGACCUUAAAAUUGUAAAUCUCCCUCUCCCUCGCUCGGAUAAUCGCAUUACCAUUAGGUUGUUCUACUAUCCAACCUCUGUAGGGUUCUUUUUCUUGGCAGUGUCACUUUGAGCUUAUGUGAGUUAUCAUGAAGGGUGUUAGGCAGAAAAAUGAUAGUUUGAAGCAUAAAGCUCAGAUAAAUUUCG